GAAGCGACACCACCGCAUAGAAAUGAGCGGAGAAGUGGAACCUACUAACGUUUGUUUUAGCAGAAGAGACGCCGUCUAGGUUCGCUGUCACGCCACCUGCAGCACCGACGGUUGAAAUACAGGAGCGACACAGCGCCAACCCCUCACAGCGAUGCAACCUGUAAGCGCUGCGACUAAUAACUGCGAAUGAGCCUCUUUCCCGGCAGUGAGCGAUGAUGACGGUGGAGGGCACCGAGUAAAGAGGAACUGCAGGGACGCUCGGAAUUCACGUGAAAUAUCUAGCCGUCCACUCCUCUCCAGGACUGGCUGUGAAGAUGGAAAAAGCUGCACUGCUGCUGUUUUGCUGCCUUGUCAUGUCUUUAUCAGGCUCGCCGCUCUACCCAUCCAUUAGGUUCGGCCAGAGGGACACAUCCAUCCUGAUGACAUCUUCUAUAAAUAAUCCAGCAGAGAAUCUGCGGGACGACACGAGUCCUCCCGGGGAGCGAGCAGAGUUUCGAACUGCCGCUGAGACUUCUGCCUCCGCCACCACAAUACGAUACAGCUCCGGACGUCACGCUGAUGCCAUCUUUACGAACAGCUACAGGAAAGUCCUGGGCCAAAUCUCUGCCAGGAAGUUCCUUCAGACAAUCAUGGGCAAACGACUCAGUGACGAGAGUGGGAGCUACGUGAAGCGUCAGUCAGGAGUCUGCGAAGGGAGCCGCAAAGAAGAUCUUACAUCCAUCCAGAGCAAACAGAGAUACAGGGGAGUGCAUGGGAAAGGCAUGGGGCCCAGACUGCUGAGUUGAGGUUUGUGGAUCGGACAGACAGAGAGCUGACAGUGCUCACCGCCGCGGCACUUUUCAUUACCAUCACUUCUGGGUUGUUUUUUUUUUUUCUUUUUUUUUU